CAUUCAUGUGUAAGCAAUAUACUGAAGAUUGUUAUGUCGUGCCUGCUGAUACUGUAAAUGAAUACUGUUAAAAGUGAGACCAAGAACAAAAUAAAAUAUCAACAUCAAGUGUAACUGUCACCAUCUUACCCUGUACACCACAUCCGGAGAGAAGUAAACAUUUUGAUGGGACAGGGUCGAUAUCGGCCCGGAGUUCGGGAAAUUCGGCAAGCUGGAACUCAUGGAAUUGGAGAAUAUAGUUGCGAACACCGUUUACUUAAAAGCAAGAGAAGGGGGUGCAGAUAGUAACAAAGGAAAAAGUAAGAAAUGGAGAAAAAUUCUUCAGUUUCCUCACAUAUCACAGUGCAUUGAUUUGAAAAACAAAAUAGAUGCACGCUAUUCUUACGUUGUAGAUCAUCAACCAAUUGGUCGAUUACUCUUUCGGCAGUUCUGUGAAAAUGAGAAGCAACAAUACCACCAUUACAAUGCUUUUCUUGAUGCUGUUGAAAGAUACGAGUUGGAAUCUGAUGAAAAGCGUAUGGAGGUUGCGCAAACUAUCUAUGGCAGAUAUUUAAAUCAAGAGUCAAGUGAAGCUGUAGAUAUUCUGAACAGUGAACUCACUGAGCAUUGCAAGGAGAAACUGGCAGCUGGUAAUAAGGACCUGUUUUUAGAAUGUACAAAUGCUGUAAAAACCUUUCUUGCUGGAGACCCAUUUCGCCAGUUUGAAUGUUCCAUGUACUUCCAUCGUUACUUGCAGUGGAAGUGGCUGGAAAGCCAGCCAAUCACAUAUAAAACAUUCAGAAUGUACAGAGUUUUAGGAAAAGGCGGUUUUGGUGAAGUGUGUGCUUGCCAGGUGAGAGCAACAGGAAAAAUGUAUGCCUGUAAGAAAUUAGAGAAAAAACGAAUUAAAAAAAGAAAAGGAGAAGCCAUGGUUUUAACUGAAAAACAAAUACUCCAGAAAAUAAAUUCAAAGUUUGUGGUGAGUCUCGCUUAUGCUUAUGAGACUAAGGAUGCUCUGUGCCUUGUUCUGACAAUCAUGAAUGGUGGUGAUCUUAAAUUCCAUAUUUACAAUAUGGGUGGUGAGCCUGGUUUUGAUAUUCAUAGGGCUAGAUUUUAUGCAGCAGAGGUGUUGUGUGGGUUGGAACACUUGCAUGCACAAGGAAUUGUGUACAGAGAUUGCAAACCUGAGAACAUUUUGCUGGAUGACCAUGGACAUGUGCGUAUAUCAGAUCUGGGUUUGGCAGUUGAAAUUCCAGAGGGAGAGAUGGUCCGCGGCAGAGUGGGAACUGUUGGUUAUAUGGCUCCUGAGGUUAUUGAUAAUGAAAGGUACACAUUCAGCCCUGACUGGUUUAGUUUUGGUUGUUUGAUAUAUGAAAUGAUUGAAGGUCAAGCUCCUUUCCGAGCAAGGAAAGAAAAGGUUAAGCGAGAGGAAGUGGACCGUAGAGUCAAAGAAGAUCAGGAAAAAUACUCCCAUAAAUUUAGUGAAGAGGCAAAGUCACUUUGUCAGCGGCUUUUGAAGAAGUCACCAAAAGCACGUUUAGGAUGUCACAAUGGGAGGAUGGGAGCAUUGGAAGUUAAACAGCACGAGUUCUUCAGGUGUUUGAAUUGGAAGCGACUUGAAGCGGGAGUAUAUGAGCCUCCAUUUGUUCCAGAUCCACACGCCGUAUACGCCAAGGAUGUCCUGGAUAUUGAGCAGUUCUCAACCGUGAAAGGCGUCAAUUUAGAUGCCUCGGAUGACACGUUUUAUAGCAAGUUCAACACUGGUUCUGUGUCAAUACCGUGGCAGAAUGAGAUGAUUGAGACAGAAUGCUUCAAGGAACUAAAUGUAUUUGGUCCAGACAACACUCCAACUCCAGACCUAAUCAUUGAUGCUUUACCAGAACCUGAUAAAAAGGGGUGCUUUCCUUUUAGGAGAAAGAAGAAGCAGUCUGCUCGCACGCGGCCAGUGACUGUGGUAGAUCAGACAGCUGCUGUGCCAACAGAAGAAGUCAGAAGCUGAUGACUGUUGAGCAAUAGUUGUGCAUCAGCAGGGCAGCUGUAGAUUUCUUACCUAUGUUCAGACUGAAGAAUAUGUCUGCAGUACCUGUUAAUAGUGGCAUAUGAGAUGUGUUAUCUCUUGGCCGGUUUACAGUUCAUGUAGCUUUUAUACAUGUUAAGAACACCAGCAUUACUCUAUUAUUGAUUGCUCAUGAGCAGUGAUGUUAGGGCUUGAGAUUUGACUCUGUUACUGUUCUUAUGGUGUGACAUUUCACCAAGAUUUUAUAGACGAGUUUUGAUUAUAAUGUUGUUUCUGUGUGCCAUAACAUUCAUGUUUGAGAGUUAGAUUGUAAAUGUAAAAUUAGCCAUACUUUUUAUGAAUAUGUAAAAUGAGAUUCAAUAAUGCAGAGGUAUUUCUUACAAUGCUUUAAAACAACUUGUGCCAACUUUGGUGACAUUUACAUUUCUCUGCACCCUGUUAUAUUACUGCUGUGACUCACUGAGGUCUGUUUCAUCACUUUGAGUUACUUUUUAGAUUUCAGGUUUAGACAAAAUGUGCUCUGCUAAAUGCAGAGUUGUGAAACAUUAUUUUGCUGUUAGAAUGAACUAUUCACCCUUUGGACAACAUGAAACAAAACUUUUUGAAUUUGUUGCAGUAAUAUUGUAUAUUUUGUUAACAGAUUUCAAUGAGACACAGUUUUGCUGUAAGUGUUGAAUUAAAUGCUGCUAAGGGAAGAAAAAUCAUAAGUGCAAAUGGACAACUUUGAAUGAUCCUUUGGACAACAUGAAACAAAACUUUUUUUGAAUUUGUUGCAGUAAUAUUGUAUAUUUUGUUAACAGAUUUCAAUGAGACACAGUUUUGCUGUAAGUGUUGAAUUAAAUGCUGCUAAGGGAAGAAAAAUCAUAAGUGCAAAUGGACAACUUUGAAUGAUAGCCUUAAGACUAGUGGAUUACAGUCAAAAACAUUAGGAUUCAUUUUCCUCAUUGGAUGAGAAACACCAGAGAGACAUCCAUUUUUUAUCUACCUUUUAAAAGAGCAUUUAUACUUUUUGUUGUAUUAUCAGAAUCCAAGUAAAAUGUUAAUACUUUGGAGGUCAUUGUAUAGUGAUGCAUAGAAAUGAUAUUAAAGCAUAUUGCGAGGGAGUGACUGAAUUAGUGUGUAUGUUUGAAAAUUAAAGUUUGUGUAGUGUGUACAAAUAAGACAGAGAGAAUCUGUACUGAUGUAAAUGUGUUCCUUAGAGUCUGUGUCUCGAAUGAAAUUGUUUGAUUGUUUCAUUUCAUAGAGAAAGACUGCUCGUAUGAAAUGUGAGCCGUGUAGGCUUAUUUUGUAAUGUAGCCAUCUAUACAGUACAUAUUGCAUAUAAUCAAUAUUUGGUUAAAUGUCAAUUGAAUUAGGUGAAAUGCACAACAAAACUUUAUAUAGUGCCAAUGUCAUUCAUUACAGUAGGUAUUUAUAAAUUUAAAAUAAUACUGAUUCCUCACUUUGAAAACUUUUUUAGUUGAGUUUUGUCUAUUCUUAUUCAUUUUGUUCAGUAGCAUUUAUUUGCUGUAUUACAGGAUACUUUACAAGCCCCAUAGAAACUUAAUGUUUCAUAUGUUUCAAUUCUCUUUAAAUGUAAUAUGGAUUACAUUAUUUCAUUACAGUUUACUUUACUGUUUUGAGGGUCUUCCCCAUUUUUUACAGAAUUUCCUCCAGUUUUGGUUUACACGGGUUAAAAAGCACAAAGCUGUGUUGUCGCAUGGUCUUAAAUAACUAAGUCAACAGGCACUUAGAAAACAUUAAUGUAAUGGGGAACUCUGUGGGCUACAAAGCGUAUUACUUAAGAUUUCUAUACUCUAUAAUUUAAGGCUCAACGUUUGGCUGACAUUAUUUAAAAACACUUCCUGUUUUUGAGAGGAGCUGUAUUGUCAUUUGUGUGUGUUGCUGUUUUCUGAUUUGCUUGCUUUUUUUUAUAUAGUAGUGUCUUUAGUUAAUAACUUGAGCACAUGCAAGUAAUUUUAAGCAACGAGAACUUGAAGAGACCUAGUAAAUGUAAAAGGCUGAAGCCAUGAGCAGACAUAAUGGCCAGAAGCUCAGUAUAGUGAAAACCAGAACUUGAUGUAGUGUAAUUCCUCAUUUGUCUCUCUUGUUUUUAUGAUGCAUCAUGUAUAAAUUAUGUAGUCCAGCCAUAAGUAAGAUUAUUAUUGCACACACUAAAAAGAUUGAAUCUGAGCCCUUUCAUUUCUAAAUAUGAUUGAACUGUACAGUUAUUACAUCAGUUGUGCUAAAUUUUUCUGCAAAGCAACAUUUACCCAAAACAGUAAACAAAAUAAGAGGGAUUGCUGUAUCCUCAUUCCUAUGUGUUACUCAGGAAAGCUUUCUGCUGAUGCCAGUCUUAGUAGUUUAUGUUCCUCAUAUAUGUUGCUAGUUAUCACAGUUUAGUGGCAGAUAUGUGUAAUAUUAACUGAUGUUGUUUAUAGGUAUUUAUUGAAAACAGUAUCAUGCAUAUUAUUUAGCUUGUCUAACUUUUUCCUUGUGUUUAUAUUUACAUCAUAUCAUUUUGUCUGUUAUCUGUGAAAACUUAUAAUGGUUUGCAAUUAUUUUAUUACCGAGAAUUUGAUGCUGUAGAUACUACACAAAUAUAUGUUUGUAAUUUGUACGGAUUGCACAUUUCAUCCCUGUUAUGGGCCACCAAAUAUGAGACAUAAAUCUUCGUUUCA